CAAGCUUGUCAUUGACAACGCUGGGAAGUGAAUUCGCUGAAAGGCAUAUUGCUGCAGGAAGGGACCCGAAACGUCACGCGAGUACCGAGGUCGGGCUGGACUGUCUGUCCGGUAGAAGCUGCGACGCAACGAAAUUGCGCUACCGAGAUUACAAGAGUUUUUUAAUGCGAAAUAGUUUUUGCAGUCGGUAUCUAUCCUUGUGCCAGACUGGUUUGGAAAUUUUGGAGCUCACCCCAAGGCUUGGGUGAGCUUGCAGCGAGUUCGGCGUGGUAAUUUGUGAUUGAGCUGGUUGCAUAUGACCUUAGGGUUGCUUGGUCCCUGUAGAUUGCAUCUGCUUCGUAGCACACGCAUUGGACGUAGUUCUCCAUCGGUGAGAGAUUAGGCGCUCUGAUAGUGACCGUGCGAUGCAUAUCAAUUGCGGAUUUACCAACGGGUGAUCGAGUUUUGAGGGAAUUCUGUUAUACUCCGGACGUCCACGAUGAGGCUUGGUGCGCAAUGACACUCGACGUUCAAGAAAAAUUGCAAGUGAGCUGUCGAUUGCACGGAAGUCUUUUGAUAACUGCAGUUUAUGACACAACGGCUAUCGUCCUGUCUUUGAAGGCUUGGUAGCGAAUUUGAGGAUUGAUUUUUUUUUUUUUUUCGGCGUUGUAAGUGACAGUUCCGAAUGCUAUGGAGAGACCGCCCAAGGUGAUGGGGUUGAAGAAUGUGAGAGGGCAUUUGUUGAACAAGGAAGAGAGCCAUAUAGAAGCGUUCGAGGAGGAUUCCAUGGACGAUCAGCCGAACGCCGAAGACGAUGUAGCGCUGUAUUCAUUGAAAUCUUCCUCCCGCCAUGUAAAGCAUGAGAUAACUGAAAAUGUCCAAGAUGCCCUGUCUCCCGACAAUUCGCUUGCCUUGCAACGCAAUGUCAAAGUAUGGUGUGACGCAACGGGAUUGCCCACCACAAUCACUAUCCACUUCCAGGAUCGCGUGUUCCACCUUCACAAAUUUCCUUUGGUAUCAAGAAGCGGAUAUCUCAAGAGGGCGCUGAAGGAGGCGAAGGAGAUCACGCUGCCCAGCGACGUUCCGGGAGGUCCGGCAGUUUUUGAAUUGUUGUGCAAUUUCUGCUAUGGAUCAACGAUCCUUAUGGAGCCAUCCAAUAUCGCUGAGCUCUGUUGCAUCGCGAACUACUUGCAGAUGACUGAAGAUUAUGGCAGAGCCAACUUGUGCCAACGCAGCGAGCUUUACCUUACGCAGGUAGCAUUGCAGAGCUGGGAAGAUACCCUAGUCGUUCUACAGCAUUGCGUGGGCCUAGCGCCACAUGCCGAGCAGCUUGGCAUUGCGCGGCGGUGUCUUGACGCCUUAGCCUUCAUGGCUUGCAUGGAGCUUCUCGACCCCGUUGCCAGAAAGCUCCCCAUUCCAGGAAGAAAGGGAGAUUAUCAGACCUCGUACGUCCACUGGUGGAUCCAGGACCUUGUGGCGGUCCCGCCGAGCUUGUUUGUCAAUCUAAUUCUAGCUCUUCGCAGGGAGGGGAUGCAAGAGAAUUACGUAGGGCAGGUGAUCACUGCUUUUGCCGAUCGGUGGAUAGUUGGGUUGCAGGGUGCGGUUGACUCGACUGUUUCGGCGCACAAAGGUAGUGCCAAAAAGAGCUGGUUCAAGGAGCCUCCGACAACGAAUUUGGAGCCGUCCGUGUUGAUCGAGUCUGUAGUCGGAUUGUUGCCAUUGGAAAGAAAUGUUGUUCCAAUGGGUUUCCUCUUCACACUUCUACGACGCGGCCUCUCUUGUGCCUUAAACGAUAGCUGCAGAAUACAAUUGGAGACUCGCAUCGCAUUACAAUUCGAGAACGCGACACUGCAAGACGUGCUAAUCCCUGUGAAGAAGGAGAAAGAAAGCGGCUAUAUCUUCAUGAGCGAGCUUGGAUCCAUGGAGCGAAUUCUGAAGCUAUUUCUCACACGGUUUCGAGGACUCGAAGAGGUCAAAUCGACUCACAUGGCCAUGCUCUCGGCGACCGCCAAACUCUGGGAUGGGUAUCUGGCCGAGGUUGCGUUUCAUACGAGCCUAACGCCAGGUAGAUUCGGAGAGCUCGUUGAGAGGAUUCCUCCCUACAUGCGUCCGGAGCACGACCAUGUGUAUAAAGCCAUUCACUCAUAUAUCAAGGCACACCCCUGCACCACGCAGGAGGAGCGGCUGGCUAUCUGCCGAACCCUAAACUGCGAGAAACUCUCUCAGAAGGCGUGUUCUCACGCGGUUCAAAACGAUCUGAUGCCACUGCGAAUGAUAGUGCAAGCCAUGAUCGUGCAGCAACUCCAGACGAGAUCGGUCCUCAAUUCUCACCUCGAAGCGGCAGCUCACUCCUUCCGAGAUCAUCCCUGCGGCUUCUCGACGCACGGACACAGCCACCGGCCCUCUCCACCCGAUCCAGUCCCCAUGUGCCUUUCUGCUGGGAGUUCAGGCCGCCGCCACCCGUACGAUUAUUCUCAAGAUUCGUUCCGAUCAUUGGGCUCCUCGGUUCGUGACAAAGAUUUGUACAUCGACGAAGCGAUUUCCUCGUCAUCAUCCCAAAAUGCCACGGUUGGGGAGCUUAGUAGCAGUGGGGCGCCGAAGGUGGACUAUCAGGUGACAGAGAGUAGGUUGCGAACCUUGGAGGCGGAGCUUACCCGAAUGCGCAAAACACUUAAAUCACAAGCUAACGCCGCUGAGGAGAAUCAAAACGAUCCUCUGCGGCAGACUUCAAGCUCCCACCAGUCAAAAGUUUCGCCAAACAAGUCGGUGAGUGAAAAAGCGCACAUUUGCCGAUCUGGCCAACUGAACAUGCCGAAGAGGGCGGCUGUACACGAAGGCGGCGUGGCGAUGGCUAACUGUAGUACGACUGCCGGCGGGUGCAUGAGCCAUCUGACGCCGAUGAAUCGAACCACUGGCUUGUUUGGCAAGACGUUCCAGAAGCUGAAGUUGCGAACCUCCGGAAAAACCAGCGGUGGACACGCUGCGAAGGAAAACACCGCACCGAUUGCAGACAAGCUUGUGAGUGUUGGACGUCCAGCCAAAUCACCCAUUACGCCUGAUACACUGCCGAGGUUCACUCCUGAUGUGGGCCGAUACUCUUGUGGCCGCACCGAUUCAAUGCCGAGGACCACAGCGAGUCGAACCAAACCUCACCAUGUCAGACACAGUUCUAUGUCCUGAAACGCUUUCCUCCUCAUCUGGAUUUGAAUGGUUUUUAAGAGCAACAAUAAUUCAGCUAUGUACGAUUGAUUAUCUUUCAGUACCCUCUCCUGAAAGAGCUAGUAAUACGAAUGAACCUCGAUAAUUGCACAUUCGCAUGGAAGCUAGCUGAUGCACAAAGUGGAUAUUGAAGCUCCCCCAUGACGUUAAUUGUAAUUCCGAGAGCAUGAGUUCCACGAUCAUGUGACUAACUGGGCAAUCUUCACCAAAUCUGCAGAGAGUAUGUCUCAAUUGUAUCCAUCCGGAGGUUACGAAGGUGCACCAUUCUGCAGAACAUCAUCACUGUUAAUCUCUUGUUCUGUGUUCAUUUCAGGGUUCAGUUGUGGUUCACGGUCGUCGUGGGGACGUUUAGAACACUAAAGCAAGCAGACCUGGAUUAGAUACAGACCAGGAUUGGAUUUGUGGUUUUAUCCGACUCCUACAUGAGUUUAGAAGAGACUACAAACAUGAAAGAAAGCAGGUUGAGAAUCGAUUGAAUACUGAUCCAAGCCACGUGUUCAAACUCAUUCGAUCCCAAACGAGUGAAAUGACCCAUUUUUCUUGUAAUAUUAGUGAUUGUAAUUUACGACCAGCAACUUUGUACGCAGCGUUGGCUGGUUCUUCAUCAAGUCGGAAAUAAUUUCACACGA